AUGACAACUCCACCAGAUUUGCGAUUUAACGAAACAGGGCCGUAUUGGAGCGCCCCUCUCCAUAGAACUGCGCGUAGAACCUUAAAUAGUGAAGACUUUGCGCCUGGAGUCUCUAUCCCAACAGCCGCCGCUGUACAACGAGACGACGCGUCGCCAGCGCAGGCAAACCUAGGUGUGGUCACUGCUCGACCAGACGACGGAUAUAGAGACCGCGAGCCAGCGCCUGAGCAGGGAUCUGGCGAGGAACUCAGCGAAAUAUUUGGAAGAAGACUGCGGUUGGCUACCGGCGAGCUCAACAGUCAGGCGGAGUUUAGUAUGGCUCCUAUAAAGGACAAUGGUUUCAAACGGAAGGCAGAAGAUGAUCUCGAUACCCCAUCUCAAAACAAGAGACACAAAAGCUCGCACAGCCAAUCCCCAGAGCCGGAGAGAAGGGAGCUCGUGAAAGGAGUGAAGCCUAUUCCCUUUCCAGAAAAGCCGGCAGUGAUUGAAGAACGAAAUGGCGAAAUCGAAUUCCGGGUAGUUGAUAAUGACAACAAGCGGGAAAGCCUGAUCAUCUUGACCGGCCUAAAAUGUAUCUUUCAGAAACAACUACCGAAAAUGCCAAAGGACUAUAUUGCCCGGCUUGUUUAUGACCGCACGCAUUUAUCGAUGGCUAUUGUCAAGAAGCCUCUAGAGGUAGUUGGAGGAAUCACAUACCGUCCCUUCAAGGGGCGACAAUUCGCUGAAAUUGUCUUCUGCGCUAUAUCAUCGGAUCAGCAAGUGAAGGGUUACGGAGCGCAUCUCAUGUCUCACUUGAAAGAUUACGUCAAGGCCACGUCGGAUGUAAUGCAUUUUCUUACUUAUGCAGACAACUAUGCUAUUGGUUACUUCAAGAAGCAAGGCUUUACCAAAGAAAUCACACUUGAAAAGUCGAAAUGGAUGGGAUACAUUAAGGAUUAUGAAGGAGGAACGAUAAUGCAGUGCACUAUGCUACCAAGGGUGCGCUACCUUGAAAUGGGGCGCAUGCUACUCAAGCAGAAGGAAGCCGUUCAUGCGAAGAUCCGAGCAUUCAGCAAAAGUCACCAGGUGCAUCAACCUCCCAAACAAUGGAAGAACGGGCCCUGUAAAAUUGACCCGAUGUCCAUCGAAGCUAUCCGAGCGUCAGGCUGGUCCCCCGACAUGGAUGAAUUGGCGCGCCAGCCUCGGCAUGGGCCUAACUACAACCAACUCCUGCAUCUUCUCAAUGACAUGCAAAACCACGCAUCGUCGUGGCCAUUCCUCAACCCCGUUAGCAGAGAUGACGUGGCCGAUUACUACGACGUCAUUAAAGAGCCCAUGGAUCUCAGCACGAUGGAAGUCAAGCUCGAAGCGGAUAAUUACGCCACGCCCGAAGAUUUCAUCAAGGAUGCCAAGCUAAUCUUCGAUAACUGUAGGAAGUAUAAUAAUGAGACGACUCCUUAUGCGAAGAGCGCGAAUAAACUAGAGAAGUAUAUGUGGCAGCAGAUCAAGGCUAUUCCAGAAUGGUCACACCUGGAGCCUUAA